AAUUGUUAGUCAUAUUAUGAAAUGAUUAUUGGUUGAUGCAUAUAAAAAUAGAUAGUUAAAGAGCAAGUUAGAAAAUAGAUGUGGGUGAAUGGGAGUGAAAAUCGGAAUGCCAAUGAAUCCGAAGAUGCAAAAGGGUGUAUAGUAAUUCCCUUUAAUCCCUCACUUCCAUUCACACCCUUAAAAACAAACACAUCUGUCUUCCCUCCUCCUCCACCACCACCGCCACCAUCUCAACACCAAACAAUGUCGUCGUCAGCCCUUCUCCCUUUCCUCCUCCUCUUCCCCCUGGCCCUGGCCACUCCGCUCAACACCGACUUCUACGCCAAGACCUGCCCCAACUUCCGCAAGAUCGUCCAAGAGGUGGUGACCGACAAGCAGCUGACCGUCCCCACGACCGCCGCCGGGUCCCUCCGGCUGUUCUUCCACGACUGCGUGGUGGGCGGCUGCGACGCGUCCCUCCUGAUCUCGGCGAGCCAGAUGUCCCCCAGCUCGGAGCGCGACCACGACAUCAACCACUCCCUCCCCGGCGACGCCUUCGACGUGGUGAUCCGCGCGAAGCUGAAGCUGGAGCUGGAGUGCCCCGGCGUGGUGUCGUGCUCCGACAUCCUCGCCGAGGCCACCCGCGACCUCAUCACCAUGGUGGGGGGCCCCUUCUACCCGGUGCCCCUGGGGCGCCGCGACAGCUUGGACGCCCACGCGGGCGACGUGGAGGGCCACAUCGCCCGCCCCAACAUGUCGCUGACGCAGAUCAUCGACAUCUUCGGCGCCAAGGGCUUCUCCGUGCAGGAGAUGGUGGCCCUCACGGGGGCCCACACCAUCGGCUUCUCCCACUGCUCCGAGUUCGCCAACCGCAUCUUCAACUUCAGCCCCACCCAGGACCACGACCCCACCAUGAACCCCGACUACGUCGCCGGCCUCCGCAAGCUCUGCGCCAACUACCAGAAGGAUUCCACCAUGGCGGCCUUCAACGACCCCAUGUCGCCCGGCAAGUUCGACAACACCUACUACGUGAACCUGCAGAACGGACUGGGGUUGCUCGCCAGCGAUCAGAUCAUGGCCACUGAUCCGCGAACCAAGCCCUUCGUCGACGCCUACGCCAAGGAUCAGAAGAAGUUCUUCGAGGAUUUCGCCAAGGCCAUGGAGAAGGUGAGCUUGCUGGAGGUCAAGACUGGGGAUAAGGGGGAGGUCAGGAAGAGGUGCGACACUCCAAAUGCAAGCAAAACUAAUUGAUGCCUACCUUUUUAAUCACGCUGCCUUCUUUUAUUUCUUUCUUUCUUUCUUUCACUAUGCGUAUGUGUAUAUAUACUGCCAAGAAAAUAUAAAAAAAAAACAGACAUGGUUGCUUGUGUGAUGUAAAUCAGAAUAAUCUAUUUCGUUUGCCUUCUGAUUUGUUGUCAUCAUUGGGGAUUCCUUCUCUUAGUUUCUGAGAUGUGUAACGUGGUGGGGCAUUUUAUUAUCUAUAUAUUUAUAUACAAACACAUACACAUAUAUAUAAGAAACUAA